ACCUACAUCAUGGGCCAUGAAGCUGCUGGAGAAGCUGUGAAGUUGGGUAGCUCGGUCGAUCCAAGGAAGGUUAAGGUCGGUCAGCUGUACGUCGUCUGGACGAGCUUCACCGGGUGUGUACCACCUCCGCUGGGCACCCCGCCCUCAGCUGUGUCCACAUUCGGAGUAGGGUUAGAUGGCGCGUACGCGGACUACGCAGUCGUUAGCGCGUCGAAUGUCGUGCCCGUUCCGCACGGCAUUCCUCCUGAGAUCGCGGCGGUCUGCGCGGACGCGGUCCUUACGCCGUACCACGCGAUCCAUACUACUGCGAACAUUCAGCCCGGUCAGACCGUGCUCAUCUUCGGAAUCGGAGGGCUCGGUGUGAAUGCAGUCCAGAUUGCGAAAUACUUUGGGGCCAAAGUCUAUGCCGUUGACAUCCGUCCGAAAGUCGCGCUCUAGCGAAGGAGUUCGGCGCCGAGAAGGCGUUCAGCACCAUGGACCUCGCUAACAGACUUUCCAAGGGCUUCUUCGUAGACAUCGUCAUUGACUUUGUCGCUUCGGAGCAUAGU